AUGGGAGGCCAGCUAGUCAGAGGUUUUCAUCUGCUUCAUCUACCUCUUCUGCCAGUGUUCCCUGGGGUGAAGAGAGGAAUUCUGUUUUGGUUUCAGAUGUUGGGAAUAGUGACGGUGACUUUGAAGAUGUCGGGAAGCAGCAGAUGAAGAAGAGGGUGGCCAGAAAACAACCCAAGACCAUCCCAGUGGCCAAGCAUCCAAGGAAGGGGUCCCGAAAGGACUGUGAUGGCCAUAGGAAUUUGAAACCCACUGCUAGUGAUCUCUUAGAAGCUGUGAAGACUGCCAAGAGUGCCAUGCAGACUGUGGUGGAUGACUGGCUGGAGAGCUACAAGCAGGAUCAAGAUGCAGGAUUCCUGGAGCUCAUUAACUUUUUCAUUGGGGCUUGUGGGUGCAAAG